AUGAUCCCGACGCGGCCCGCGCAGGCGUCGUUCCGCGAUCGCACCAACGAGUUCCGCGCCGCCGUCGAGAGCGCGCGCCGCCGCGCCGCACCUUCCUCGUCGUCCGCCCCCGCGGCGGCGAGCAGCAGCUCCACCGGGACCCUCGAUGGGUUGAUCGCGGCCACGUCGGCUCGCUCGGAGUUCAACAACCGCGCGUCCAAGAUCGGGCUUGGGAUCCACCAGACCUCCCAGAAGCUAAGCCGCCUUGCCAAAUUGGCAAAGAGAACAUCUGUUUUUGAUGACCCUACAGUGGAGAUUCAAGAGUUGACUGCAGUUAUCAAGAAGGAUAUCACGGCUUUGAAUACUGCUGUUGUAGACCUACAAGCUCUCUGCAAUUCACAAAAUGAGAGUGGCAGUCUCUCCAAGGACACAACAAAUCAUUCCACUACAGUCGUGGACAACCUUAAAAAUCGUCUGAUGAGUGCAACAAAAGAAUUUAAAGAAGUUCUUACCAUGCGAACAGAGAAUUUGAAGGUUCAUGAAAAUAGAAGGCAAAUGUUCUCCUCGUCAGCUGCAAAGGACGCGUCAAAUCCAUUCAUCCGUCAACGACCCCUUGUUGCUAGGGAUCCAUCAGAGUCCUCUGUGCCCCCAGCACCAUGGGCCAGCGACUCUGCAUCUACCCCAUUAUUCCAGAGGAAGAAGACUAAUGGAGACCAUGGGGCAUCAUCAUCAUCAUCUCAGCCUUUUGCACAGCAGCAGCAAUUGACAGUCCAACAGGACAGUUACAUGCAGAGCAGAGCUGAGGCUCUUCAAAAUGUGGAAUCAACAAUCCAUGAGCUGAGCAACAUAUUUACACAGUUGGCGACCAUGGUUUCUCAACAGGGAGAGCUAGCAAUCAGAAUUGACGAGAACAUGGAUGACACAUUGACUAACGUGGAGGGAGCACAGGGCCAGCUCCUGAAGUACCUCAACAGCAUUUCAUCCAACAGGUGGCUGAUGAUGAAGAUAUUCUUUGUGCUGAUGGUGUUCCUCAUGAUCUUCAUAUUCUUCGUCGCUUGA